AUGAAAAUGUCUGAUUCACUGAUGACGAAUGAUUUUACACGAUCAUUGAUCUGUGGUUUAUGCAUGAAAAAGUCUGCAUAUGUUUGUCCUCGUUGUGGAAUUAAUUACUGUUCUUUAAAUUGUUAUCGUGAUGAAAGGCACAAGAAUUGUUCAGAAUCAUUUUAUCAGGAUUGUUGUAUUCAAUCGCUACGUUCUACUUUCGCCAGUCAAUCAGAAAGAUCAAGUAUGACAGAGAUAUUAAAGCGUGAAUCAUCUGCUAUGUCUGAGAUUCCUCAUCUGACAGACGUGGACACCAAAGGAAAUAAUGAACAGAUCAGUGAUGAAGAUGAUGAGAGUGACAAUGGUGAUGAUGAUGAUAUUCAAAAACGGUUUAAGGAUUUAAAUUUAAACGAUGAUAAUAUUAGUGCUGAAGUGAUUUGGUCUCGUUUAACAUUGAAAGAGAAGCGUGAUUUUAAUCGAUUUAUUGAAUCAAGUAAUAUAAUUCAUUUUAUUCCAACGUGGACUCCAUGGUGGCUAGAAAAGAAACCAGUUGUGACGGAGGUUAAUCAACAGCAGAAGAAUGAUACAGUCAAGAAGUCAACAUUAACUUCCAAAAAAUCGUUAGAUCAACUCUUACCCUCGGGAAUAUUGCCUCAUCAAUCAGUGGGAUUUGUUUUGGCUGACGUGUUACUAGGCUAUGCCUUCAUUAUGAGAUUUUACAAUGGUGAUUGCGGGCAACUGAUUGACGAUACAGUCAAUCUUCUGUGUAAUAUAAUCAAAUCAUUUACUCCUAUUUCACAAUCAAAACGUCAAACACCUUCAGAUCAUCCAUUGAAGAAGGAUUGUAAUGAUGAUAGUGUAGAAGGAGAAGAGCAACGAAAGAAAACUAGAAUAAUUAAACCACAGACAAAUUCUUCAUAUAAUAUUAUAGCAUACAAUUGUAUCAACGAUGUACUUAGUACAAUCCAGUAUAAACUUAUGGAGGCGAAUUUACCUUGUCAUCCUUCAAUUAUGAUACUUCUACUUGAAGAUAUUAGUCAUAUACUUGGCAAUAUUGCUUAUUGUACACGUGCUUUACAAGAAUUACACACAUUGGUGUUAAAGUUUAGAAAAAUGUUACGUGAAAGCUCAGAUGAUGAUUCAACAGCAGAAAGUAUCCUAAGCAAAGUGAAUACUGCUCAUCGUAAAUUAGUCUUUUUACAGGCUUGUCUUGAUGAUAAGAAUCAGAUGGCUAGACGUUGGCAGACACUUGUUCUCCCGCGACUUUGGAGUGAAAUAUCCACGGAGCUAAUACAACGAAUACAUGAUAUGAAAGAUUUCAAUGAUGCUGGUAGACGACAGGAUAGUAAAUCAGCCGGUCCGAAUUGGCGUAAUAUGAUCCGAAAUAGCAAUAGCUGUGAUAAUAAUAAUACUGAUCGUGUACUGAUUGAGCCGGUUAAUACUGACAGUUGA